AUGCCUGAGGAUAGCUGGGAAGGGGAGCCUACAAGCUUGCGCCACACCUUUCAAUUGGGGGACCCUCUGGGGGAAGUGGCUAAGCGACUACUCACAGAGGGGGCACCUUUCCCAGGAGAUAGCUUAACCAAUAGUGAGGCCUAUGAGUUGGGAAGAAUUUUGGUUUACCGAGUUUCAGAAAGUGAACAUGUCAUCACCGACAGUUACCGAUGGUUGGAUGAUGAUAUUACAGUCCUGACCACUUUCCUCAUGGAUACCAAAUUCUGCAUAGCAGACUGGUAUGCAGAUCAGAAAGGAUUGUUGGCAGGAUACCCUCGAGAUGAAUGUGAAGAAUACUACUCAUACUUAUCUAUGGGGGACGCCAUAGGAGACAGAGUAGAGGAAAUCUUGAACAUGGGACAACCAUAUUCCUGUGAUGCCAACCUUGAGGCAGAAGAGACUGAGGGACAGUUUGUAUGCUUACCAUACCUCGCUGUUAUGGAAGGACGGGAAUACUACCAGGUUAUUGACAAAGAACUACAGUUUGACCUGGAUGUUCCAGCAGAGUUUUUUUGUAAUAAAAGACUUAACCUAAUCCAUUGGUAUGAACGGCAACUUGAAAAAUCAUUCCAGGAGCUCAACUCUCGACUUCGCCCAGAGAGUAUGGAGUGGGAAAUAAACCACCUGAGAUUGCUAUUCAACCCCAAGGAGGGUGGCCAUGGCGUCUCCAUAGCAGACACUGACAAGGAGGGCACAACUCUUAUUCCUACCACAUAA